GUUUUGUGAAGCUUGAGGCGGCCGCGUUCCUAUCAGACAGCAGUGGAUGUACUUUUCUUCGCACUGCGGAAAGUCCUUUAUCUGGCGCGCCGUGCAGGCUGGAUGCGCCUCAGGACGGCUCCGUGCAGUUCAGCUUUCGCUAAGUUUUCACGUUGGUUAGGGAAGAAAAGUGCCUCGGCCAUUGUGGAAAAUGCCUUAAAUCGAUGGAGCUGUCGUACGUCUGAGCCAAUAGACUGCAUUUGACUCUCCGGACUCUGCAGGCUUUGGACUGGUUCGGAGGAAAGCCGUCUCCUGACUCCUUGUUGGUGACAGCAGAGGUGCAGGCAGAACACCUCUACAUAGUUUCAAGAGGCUAGUGAGUGUAUGACACACGCUCACGUAAUCUUUGGAUUAUUUGACGACAAUGGCAUCACACGGUGACACCGCAGAGGGAGGAGCCAACGAGGAGUUCAGCGACAUUAUCAAGUGGAGAUCUGAUGAACAUGACGCAGUACAGAAGAAAACUUUCACCAAAUGGAUCAAUGCACAGUUCUCAAAGACGGGGAAGACGCCCAUCAAAGAUAUGUUCUCAGACCUGAGGGAUGGGAGGAAGCUGCUGGACCUGCUGGAGGGCCUAACCGGCACAGUCCUGACCAAAGAGCGAGGCUUCACCAGAGUGCACUCACUCAACAAUGUCAACAAAGUGCUUCAAGUCUUGCAUCAAAAUAACGUUGAUCUGGUGAACAUAGGAGGGACCGAUAUUGUGGAUGGGAACCACAAACUGACCUUGGGUCUCAUAUGGAGUAUUAUCCUCCACUGGCAGGUUAAAGACAUCAUGAAGGACAUCAUGUCCAACCUGCAGCAGACCAACAGUGAGAAGAUCCUGCUCAGCUGGGUCCGGCAGUGCACCCGCUCCUACCCCGAAGUCAACGUGCUGAACUUCACCACCAGCUGGACCGACGGUCUGGCUCUCAACGGCAUCCUGCACCACUUCAGGCCCGAAGCUUUCAGCUGGGAGCAGGUCCUCCGACUGAGCCCCGUGGAGAGGCUGGAUCACGCCUUCACCGUAGCCAAAGACCAGUUAGCUAUCGAGAGACUACUGGACCCCGAAGAUGUGGCGGUGCAGUUACCAGAUAAGAAGUCCAUCAUCAUGUACAUAACUUCGCUUUUUGCCGUGCUGCCCAAAGACGUGAGCAUGGAGUCGAUCAGAGAAGUGGAGACCCUGCCGCGCAAAUUCAAAGCGGAGGCUGAGGACUCGGGUCCGGGUCUCAGCGCCAAGAAUGUGCAGAUGGAAGAGGCGGGCAGCAGCCCGCGACCCGAGACGCCCAGCACCCUGACGGAGAUGGAGGGGGAGCUGGAGGGCAGCCUGCUGGAGGUGGACCUCGACAGCUACCAGACCACGCUGGAGGAGGUUCUGACUUGGCUGCUGUCGGCCGAGGACACCCUCCACGUUCAGGACGAGGUGUCGGACGACGUGGAAGAAGUCAAGGAGCAGUUUCACACACACGAGGCCUUCAUGAUGGAGCUGACAGCACACCAGAGCAGCGUGGGCAAUGUGCUGCAAGCAGGGAACCAACUGAUCGCUCAGGGCAUCCUGACAGAGGAGGAAGAAAACGAAAUCCGGGAGCAGAUGACGCUCCUCAACUCCCGCUGGGAGAACCUCCGAGUGGCCAGCAUGGAUCGUCAGGCCAGGCUUCAUGAAGUCCUGAUGGACCUCCAGCAGCAGCAGCUACAGCAGCUGUCCGACUGGCUCACGCUGACCGAGGAGCGGAUAAGAAAUAUCGAGAUAGAACCGACGGCGAAAGACCUGGAGCUCUACAAGGAACAGAUAGAGCAGCACAAAGAGCUUCAGAAUGACCUGGAGGCCGAGCAGGUAAAGGUCAACUCUCUGACACACAUGGUGGUUGUGGUGGACGAGAACAGCGGCGAGAGUGCGACUGCUGCCCUGGAGGAGCAAUUACAAUCUCUGGGCGAACGCUGGGCUGCUGUCUGUCGCUGGACAGAAGAAAGAUGGCACAAGCUGCAGGAAGUCUCAAUGGUUUGGCAACAGCUUGUGUCUGACCAGAGUUUGUUUAAAGCAUGGCUGGCUGAGAAAGAGGCAGCCUUGAAUGAAGUUCAAACCAACAACUUCAAAGACUCCAGUGAAAUGAACACUAAUGUGCGCCGAUUAGCAAUUUUAAAAGAAGACAUGGAGAAGAAGAAAAAGACUCUGGACAAGCUGUCCGACGCAGGACAGGAUGUGAUCCAGCUGCUGCGAAGCGCCGAGGCAGAAUCCAAGAUCGAGGCCGACACGGAGGAGCUGGCCCACCGCUGGGACAACCUGGUGCAGAAGCUGGAGGAUUGCUCCUUCCAGGUGAUGGAAGCAGCGACGGACGCGGGGAUGACUCAGGUGGAAGAUCAGGUCGUCAUGGAUACGGUCGACGCUGCAGCUUUCGCCGCGGACCAGGAGCUGGCCCCACCCGCACCGCCAAAGAAACGACUCGUCGAGACAGAAACAGAAGUCAAAAAAGUGUUUGAAAAUAAACUUUCUGACUUGUUGACUUGGAUUGCAACGUGGAAGACAUCUGCUCAGGCUCUGGCCACGACACACCCCGAGUCUACGCUUCACGCCCCAGACAUGCAGGAGAACCUGAAGAGUAUGGAGCUGGAGCUCAGUGCGAAGGAGGCCACGGUUGGUCAGGUGGUUCGGGAGGGACGAGGCCUGAUCGACCAGCUUGAGAGAGAGGCCGUGAACGUGGACUCGGUGAGAGCGAACAUUGACCUGAUCCAGACGGAGUGGGACGUCUGUGCCCGGGAGCUCCAGGCGGCUCGGGAGCGGGUUCACACUCAGUCAAGAGUCAGAGCGGUUUCCGCAAAGCUUGCAGACCUGGACCGGGUCUUGGACGAAGAGGACAAGUGGCUGAAGGCCAGCUCAGCUGUAGAAGAAUGCAACGAGGAGCAGCUCAGAAACCUGACUGGACAGUGCCAGUCGCGACUUCUUAACGUUAAUGCCUUAAGUCCACAACUGGCGGAGCUGUCUGCCGAGGUGGGGUCACUUGGAUCCGUGCCCUCCCUUAAAGACAACAUGGUGGUGGUUUCUGCACAUCACGCCUCCACGCAGCAGCAGCUGCAGGACCGAGGACGGCGGGUCAACGAAGCCCUGCUGGGCCUUGAAGCUGCCCGGGCCGCGCAGAAUCCAGUGGAGGAGUUGGAGGCCAGGCUGGGGACUCUGAGAGAGGGGAUAGCGGACGUACCUACAGCGGAGGGGGCAGUGGAGGCGGCACAGGGUCUGUGUCUGGAGAUCGAGCAAACGCAGCAAGCCUCCGAUCCUGCACAGCUACAGAGAUGGAGCCAGCUGUCUUCCAGGGCCCGUGAGGAGCUGGGCAUGCUGAAGUGCAUUCUGGGAAGCAUGAGGGACACUCAGGUGCGCGUGGAGAAAGUGGAGAGGUGGUUGGACGCGGUUCAGAAGCUGUUGUCUCGGGACGCCACGGCGCUGGGCGACACGGGGACUCUACAGGAGGAGGUUAAUCGGUGCAUGGAGCAUGUGAAUGAGAUGGAGGUAGUGGAAGGUUCGUUGAAGCAGAUGGGGGAGAAUGUGAGCGCUGUGCAGGCUACUGAAGUACCAGGACUGGACAAGUGGGGGCAGGACAAGUUGGAUGAGUGCCAGGGCAGGUGGGCCGCGCUCAGCAAAAAGCUCCUGAGCCAUCAUGAGCGAGUGGCGGAGAGUCAGGAGAAGCAGGUGAAUCUGAGGAAAGACCUCACAGAGAUGCAGGAGUGGAUGAACCAAGUCGACGAAGAGUUUCUCAUGAGGGACUUUGAAUACAAGAGUCCGGAGGAGUUGGAGGCGUCGCUGGAGGAGAUGAAGCGGGCUAAAGAGGAUGUGCUACAGAAGGAGGUGAAGGUGAAGAUCCUAAAAGACAGCAUCAACGCGCUGGUGUCCCGAGUGUCGCCCCCCGGUAGGGUCGGCGGUCAGGAGCUGACCUCCGAGCUGGACGGCGUUCUCGCCAACUACCAAAAACUGUGCGACCGCCUCAAGAGCAAGUGUCACACCCUGGAGGAGGUUUGGUCCUGCUGGAUGGAGCUGCUUCAGUACCUGGACAUCGAGCAGAACUGGCUCAACACGCUGGAGGAGAGAGUCCAAGCCACUGAAAACCUGCCAGAAAGCACCGAGGCAGUUAAUGAGGCACUAGAGUCUUUGGAGAGCGUCCUUCGCCACCCUGGAGACAACCGGACGCAGAUCAGGGAGCUGGGUCAGACGCUGAUCGACGGGGGGAUACUCGAUGAACUCAUCAGUGAAAAACUAGAGGCCUUCAAUGCGAGCUACGAGCGACUCAACCACCAGGCGGUGAACCGGCAGAUCAGCCUGGAGCAGCAGCUGCAGACGCUGAAGGAGAACGAACAGGCGCUCCAAACGCUGCAGGAGUCCCUGAGCCAGCUGGACCACACGCUCACCUCCUACCUCACCGAUCGCGUCGACGCCUUCCAGCUCCCACAGGAAGCGCAGGCCAUCGGGGUGGAGAUCGCAGCCCACGAAGUGACGGUGGAGGAGAUGAGAAGAAGGAAUGUGGCCAACCUGCCUCCUCCCUCCACUGAUGGCAAAGCUGCCCGUGGCGGAACGAUGCUGGACCAGCUGCAGAGGAAACUACGAGAAAUCUCUACCAAGUACCAGCUUUUCCAGAAGCCUGCUAACUUUGAGCAGCGCAUGCUGGACUGUAAAAGGGUCCUGGAAGGGGCCAAAGUUGAGCUGCCCAUCCUGGAAGUGAAGGACGUGGACCCCGAAAAGAUCCAGCUGCAUCUCAACGGCUGCAUGAAAUUGUAUAAACUGCUGAGUGAGGUGAAGCUGGAGGUGGAGACGGUGAUAAAAACAGGUCGUCAGAUUGUGCAGAAACAGCAGACGGAGAACCCCAAAGCCAUGGACGAGCAGCUCACUGCUCUCAAACUGCUUUACAAUGAUCUGGGGGCGCAGGUGACGGAGGGCAAACAGGACCUGGAAAAAGCCUUGUCUCUGUCUCAGAAGUUUCAGAAAGAGACCGACGGCCUGCAGGAGUGGAUCAGCACCAACGAAGCCCAGCUCCAGCAGAAAAACAGCUGCGGAGACAUGCCGGCUGACAUCGAUGCCGAGAUUGCAUGGGCUAAUGGCCUGCUGAAGGAGUCGGAGCGUCGGAAGGCGGAGCUGUCCGGCCUGAUGGAGACCAGCGCCGGGCUGCAGACGCUGGUGGAGGGCAGCGAGGCGCAGCUGGAGGAUAAACUCUGUGGCCUCAACGAAGGCUGGGGCCGUGUCCGCACCUGGACCGAGGACUGGCUGAGCGCUGUGCUCAGUCACCAGAACGAGGUGGAGAUUUUCGAUGAGAACUUGGCUCACAUCAGCACCUGGCUCUACCAGACGCAAAUCCACCUGGACGAGGCCGAGCGGCUGGCGCCUGCCGAGAGGGAGGCUGUGCUAAAGAGCAUGCUGGAGGAGCUGGAGGACAUCAGCCUGCGCGUGGACAACGUGAAGGACCAAGCUAUCAUCCUGAUGACCAGCAGGGGGCCCGCCUGUCGAGACGUGGUGGAGCCCAAACUGGCCGAGUUGAACUGCAACUUUGACAAAGUCUCCCAACACAUAAAAACUGCCAAGAUGAUGACCAGUCUGGAGUCAGGAAGCGUUGAGAUGAGCCAGCAGGGGCCUCAGCUGGUCGCUCGCAGUCAGGAGGUCCAAGCAGAGAGUCAGACUCAUCCUGCGAAGGCUGUGAUCCCGGCUGAGCUCGUGGACCUUCAGGCAGAGCUGCAGGACACUCUCAAUUCUCUGCAGCAGCAGGACCCAAUAAAUAUACUGGAUGAUGACAAGAUGGAUGAGGAGAAAGCCAGCGUGGAGGACUUGCUGAGAAGAGGAGAGGAGCUCCUGCAGCAGACUUCAGACGAGGGCCGGAGGGAGGAGUUCAGACUGCUGCUGCUCCGGCUGCAGACCCAGUACUCCGCUCACAGGGAGCUGAGGGUGCUGAAGAUCAGGCAGGCUGAAGCCUCUGUGGAGCCGUCGACUUCUCCCAGCAACAGAGUGCAGACAGCUGAGGAAAUGGCUGCUCCGGCCCGGAGCAGUGCUCCUUCACUGAGGCCCUCGGAUUACCUGCUGGACAUCAACAAAGUCCUCCUCGCCAUGGCGGACAACGAGCUGCUCCUCAACUCCUCAGAACUCAGUGGGGGGCUUUACGAAGACUUCUCCAGCCAGGAGGACAUGCUCAAAAAUAUCAAAGACAAUCUGGAGCGCCUCAGCGAGCAGGUCACCGGGAUCCACGAGCGCCAUCCCGAAGCCAUCCGGGACGCGUCUCCCGCCGAGGUCGCUCAAAUGGAAGACGCCCUGACGCAACUCAACGCCGAAUGGGACCGGCUCAACCGCAUGUACAACCACCGGAGAGGGAGUUUCGAUCGUGCCGUGGAGGAGUGGGGACAGUUUCACUGUGACCUGAAAGACCUCUCUCAGUGGCUGACUGACACAGAGAUCCUGCUGUCCGAGAGCGUUCGCCCUGACGGCCAGCUCGAUGUGGAAUCUGCACGGCAACGCCAAGAGGAGCUGGAGGAAGGCCUCGCCAGUCAUCAGCCCGUUCUGGCCGAGCUGACUCACACCGGGGAGCGGAUCAUCGGGAAGCUGUCGUCUCCUGAUGGGCCGCUGCUCGAAGAGAAGCUGGAGGCUCUGGGUCAGCGUUGGAGAGCCGUGAACCGGCAGGUCCUGGACCGACAGAGGAGGUUGGCUGGCGGGGAUCGGGCCCUGUCAGACCUGGUGAGGAGGCGGGACGAGCUGGCUCUGUGGCUGCAGCAGGCGGAAAACGCUGUUUGCUCCUUGCCCGUUUCCGCCACCGACAGAAACCUCAAAGAGCUGAAGGCCCUCGCCGAGGAAAUGGAUGCACAGAAUGAACGUCUCGGUUGGCUGAAUCGGCACGCUCCCCCAAUUCUGGCCAAUCCCAGCGUGAGCCCUCAGAGCCGAGACCAGCACGUUGGGAAACUGAGGCUCAUCAACCUCAACUGGAGCAAGGUGACCCAUGAGCUGCUGGACAAGGUGGGGGAGGUGGAGGCCAACCUGAAGAGCCACGCACAGUUCCAGGACCGAAUGAACCGGCUGACAGACUGGGUGAUCGUCACACACCAGACAAUCAUCACCCGAGGGCUGAAUCCCAGCCAGGCACAGGCUCUGGAGGUGUCCAUGAAGGACAGGAAGAAGGACCUGGAGGAGCUGCUGGCUCAUUCAAUAGAGCUGCAGAGAAGACAGCAGCUUCUCCCGCAUGAAAAGGACAAGGUGGAGGAGCUGGCAGCCGAUUGGAAAGCCCUGGACGUCCGGCUGAGGGAAUCUCUCCCAGCUCCUGUCCCUACCUGGACGCAGCACCAUCAGAUGGUCCAGCACCAGCAGCUCGUGUCUGCCGUCCCCUCGGCUGUGCAGAUGGCCAGCCUGGCGAGCGAGGACCCCCGCCACCAGGCGCCGCACACGCCGGACGCGGUGGCGCCCACCGAUCUCAACGCGACCGCCACCGAGCUGGCAGACUGGCUCCUGCUGAUCACCCAGAUGCUCAAGUCAAAUAUUGUCACUGUGGGAGACACGAAGGAGAUCAGGACCACGAUGGGACGUCUUCAGGUGACAAAGAACGACCUGGAGCAGCGUCACUCUCAGCUGGAAGAUAUCUUCACUCUGGCUCAGAACAUAAAAAACAAGACCUCGAAUCUGGAUGUGCGCACAUCCAUCACUGAGAAAUUGGAAAAAGUGCGGAACCAGUGGGACAGCACGCAGUACGGCGUGGAGGCGCGCCUCCAGCAGCUGGAUAACAUGAUUGGCCACAGCAACCAGUGGGAGGAGCAGCGGAAGGAGGUGAAGGCCCUGAUCGGGCACAACGAAGGGCAUCUGCACAACCUGCUGCAGCGGUCCCGAGAUCCCCUGACGAAACAGCUCGAAGACAGCAAGGAGUUUCUCCAAGGUCUGGGCCGAGGCCAAGCCGCAGUCGCAGCCUUCAACGAGCUGUCCAAUCACCUUCUGCAAGAAUACUCCGCCGACGACACGAGGAGGAUCAAAGAGGUCACAGAUAAACACAACGCCGCCUGGAACAGCAUCAACAAUAGGGCGAAUGACCGUCACGCCCACCUGGACGGCGAGCUGAAGGGCCUGCAGGUGUCUCUCAGGGAGCUGGAGUCUUUCCUCAAAUGGCUGCAGGAGGCAGAGACCACGGUCAACGUCCUGGCCGACGCCUCCCUGAGGGAAGACGUGUCGCAGGACUCCGCCCAGGCCAAAGACCUCAGGAGACAACUGGAGGACAUCCAGGCCGAGAUCGAUGCCCACAAUGACAUCUAUAGGAGUGUGGAGGGGAACAAGUCGAAGAUGGUCAAAGCACUGGGCGGCUCAGAGGAAGCCGUUUUCCUCCAGCACAGGCUGGAUGACAUGAACCAACGCUGGAGCGACCUCAAGACCAAAUCGGCCAACAUCCGAGCCCAUCUGGAAGCGAGCGCUGAGCGCUGGUCUCGUCUGCUGGGCCUCCUGGAGGAGCUGUGGAGGUGGAUCUGCAUGAAGGAUGAGGAGCUGGCCAAGCAGAUGCCAGUCGGAGGGGACGUGCCCACCCUGCUGCAGCAGCAGAACCACUGCACGGCGCUGCGGUCGGAGCUGAAGGAGCGGGAGCACCUGGUGGUCAGCACCCUGGACCAGGCCCGGAUGUUCCUGGCCGACCAGCCCAUCGAAGGUCCCGGAGAGCCGCGCAAGAACCUGCAGCCCAAGACUGACCUCACCCCCGAGGAGAAGGCCCGCGGCUUGGCUCGGGCCAUCCGCAAGCAGACGGGCGAGGUGAGGGAGCGCUGGGAGCGUCUGAAAGGCCACGUGGGCGGCUGGCAGAAUCAGGUGGAGCGAGCCUUGGAGCGGCUCCAGGAGCUGCAGAGCUCCAUGGACCAGCUUGACUUGCGGCUGACUCGAGCGGAGGAGGCCAAGGCUACCUGGCAGCCGGUGGGCGACCUGCUGAUCGACUCUCUCCAGGACCACAUCGACAGGACCACGGCCUUCAGGGACGAGGUGGCCCCGUUACGUCAGGACGUCCGGCUCGUCAACGAGCUCUCCGCCGAGCUGACGCCGCUGGACAUCCAGCUGUCGUCCACCGCCUCGCGACAACUGGACCAGCUCAACAUGAGAUGGAAGCUCCUGCAGGUGGCGGUGGAUGAAAGGCUGAAACUCCUUCAGGAAGCUCACCGGGACUUCGGCCCCUCCUCCCAACAUUUCCUCUCCACGUCUGUACAGCUCCCCUGGCAACGUGCAGUUUCUCAGAAUAAGGUUCCUUAUUACAUCAAUCAUCAGACCCAGACGACCUGCUGGGAUCAUCCAAAGAUGACAGAGCUCUACCAAUCACUAGCCGACUUGAACAAUGUGAGAUUCUCUGCAUACAGAACAGCCAUGAAGAUCCGCAGACUCCAAAAAGCACUGUGCUUGGACCUGCUGGACCUCAGCGUUGCCCAGAACACCUUCGAGCAGCACAAGCUCACCAACAACAGCCAGCUGCUGACCGUUCCGGACGUCAUCAACUGCCUGACGUCCAUCUACGACGGCCUGGAGCAGGAGCAUAAAGACCUGGUCAACGUGCCGCUCUGUGUCGACAUGUGUCUCAACUGGCUGCUCAACGUUUACGACACCGGCCGCAGCGGGAAGAUCCGCGUCCUGUCCAUGAAGAUCGGCUUGCUGUCUCUUUCCAAGGGGCACCUGGAGGAGAAAUACAAAUACCUCUUCAGCCAGGUUGCGUCGGCAGGUGACACAUGUGACCAGAGGCAGCUCGGCCUGCUGCUUCACGAGGCCAUCCAGAUCCCCAGGCAGCUGGGGGAGGUGGCCGCCUUCGGGGGAUCCAACAUCGAGCCCAGUGUCCGCAGCUGCUUCCAGCAUGUAACCAAUAAGGUGGAGCUGGAGCCGCGGCAGUUUAUCGACUGGAUGCGCCUGGAGCCGCAGUCCAUGGUUUGGCUUCCCGUCCUGCACAGAGUGGCGGCGGCGGAGACGGCGAAGCAUCAGGCCAAGUGCAACAUCUGCAAGGAGUGUCCCAUCGUCGGCUUCAGGUAUCGCAGUCUGAAGCAUUUCAACUACGACGUGUGUCAGAGCUGCUUCUUUUCCGGGCGCACCGCCAAGGGCCACAAGCUCAACUACCCCAUGGUGGAGUACUGCACACCGACAACAUCAGGCGAGGACAUGCGAGAUUUCACCAAAGUGCUGAAGAACAAAUUCCGAUCGAAGAAGUACUUUGCUAAGCAUCCGCGGCUGGGUUACCUCCCCGUGCAGACCGUGUUGGAGGGCGACAACAUGGAAACUCCCGUCACCCUCAUCAGCAUGUGUCCGGAGCAGUAUGAGCUGUCCCAGUCACCUCAGCUCUCUCAUGAUGACACCCAUUCCAGGAUAGAGCAGUACGCCAGCAGGUUGGCACAGAUGGAGCGCUCCAACGGCUCUCUGCCCACAGACAGCAGCUCAGCCACAGGAAGCAUGGACGACGAGCACGCUCUGAUCAUCCAGUACUGCCAGACGCUGGGAGGGGAGGGCUCCCCGUGCAGCCAGCCCCAGAGCCCCGCUCAGAUCCUGCAGGCGGUGGAGAGGGAGGAGAGAGGCGAGCUGGAGCGGAUCAUCGCCCGGCUCGAGGAGGAGCAGAGGACCCUUCAGAGGGAGUAUGAGCAGCUGAAGGAGCAGCGAGGGGCGUCUCCCGCCGGCCACUGGGAGUCAGAGGGCCCCUCCGCACACCCCGAUGAGGCUGAUCUUCUGGCCGAGGCCAAGCUGUUGAGGCAACACAAAGGGCGGCUGGAGGCGCGCAUGCACAUCCUGGAGGAACACAACAAGCAGCUGGAGUCUCAGCUCCACCGCCUCCGACAGCUCCUGCACCAGCCGGAGGUGGACGCCAGGAUAAACGGAGUGUCGUCUCCCACCGUGCAAGAUCGAGGGCCUCUUAAUGAAAACUCAGAUGAGCUGCUGGACUCCCACAACAGCAACUCUGACCUGGCAGAUGUAAUGGAGCAGAUUAACAACUCCUUCCCUGCAUGCAGUCCCUCGAGCCUCUCCCCAAGACCCCAGGUGAUGUGAGGACCGUUUCCAGAGGAGGAGAGUGUCUCUGUGACCAUUCCCGAGCAGACAACAACAACAACCAACAACAACAACAACCCCACCGGCCUCCCCCCCCCCCCACCGGCCCCAGAUCCCAAAGACGCACAGGAGCAGACAACUUAACUACUUUUACCACCUUGUCUUGUACUAUGCAAACUGUACAUUUUAUAAAACUGUAGAUUGUAUCUGAUUGAACAUUUGUCAGUGAUUUAUUUAGAUAUGGAGAUGAGUAUAUGGACACGGGGCUUUGUAUAGUGAAAUACGCUCUUUUUGUUUUCAGAGGGUGGUUCGGUGUUUGUGUUUUUUGUUUCCAGAUUCGACCUUCGUGGGAAUCAAACUGUUACAUUUGUGUCAUUCCACUGCUUUGUACCAACCAGCCCCGGGUCGCUAUGAUUUGCCGCAGACUUAACAGGGGCGUAGAAACAACAUUCAGUGGAUGGAAGGAUUUUUUUGGGGGUUGGGGGGGGGGUGUAAUGGGGGAAUGUGACCCGUCUGUUCGUGUUUCGUAGCAUGCUUGAUGUCAAGUUCCCCUUUAAAGCAUCGACAUGCCGGCGGACUCCGUCUCACCUGCGAUCUGUUGACGUAAACCUUUUGACCCCUUCUGUGCCUAUACAGUUUGUCAUUCCACGCGUGGAAGACAGAGUGGAGACGUGUUGAAUUACAGCGGGAUUGUGCAUAAAGAGAAAUUUUUGGAAAAUAUAGAUUUAAAGUUCUACAGUUGUCCCGAAGCUCGGUUUGUAAGAGACCUGCCGUCAUCGUGUAGAUUAGCUUUUUUUUUUUUUUUUUUUUUUAAAGAGGUAUAUGUUGAGAAAUCAGAGGAAAGCCAUGAUUGCCUUGCUACCUCAGACUCAUAGACACAGUUUUUGUUUUUUCGCGGUUGUCUGAACCAACGUGAACAGCCCGGCGAAGCAUCCUAAGCUUUAGCUCACUGUAUUGGUGUACACUGCAUCGAGGAGUUGCCAAGUGAAAAGAGAACUAGAAGUUACUGUUACUGGGUCUGUGGCCUGCUGACGCCCGUCUCCCGCUCUGAUGAGUGUUACUCGUUGGAUUUUUUUUUUUUUUUUUUUUUUUUUUUUCCACUGGCCUUCUAGCACUGGUCCCUCACCGCGUCGUGUUGUCGUGCUAUAUGCUAUCCUGUAAAACUUGUGAGACUGAACAACACUACUAUAACCCUCUCUGGCUGUAGACUCGUGACGAUGAAGAUGCCGGCGAGGAUUUUUAAUUGAUCACAAUCAUGCCGAACCGUACCAUAGCAGAACUGUGUCGUUCCUCCUGAGGUAUGUAAAAUAGAUUGACCACACUACAUGUACGAUGGCUACGUUGUUUUAUUCUAAAUAAAAAAAAUUUUUAUAACAAGCA